GCGGCUGCUGCCGACGCCUCAGUCACUCCAGUCCACACGCCUCCACGCCCGCCCCCGUCUCCGGCUUCAUCGUUUCCCCCCUCUUGCUCGCCCCAAGGGACAUCGCGCGCGUUCGUCUGGCUCGUCCCAGUCUUCGGCAAUUCGUCUCCUUCCAGUUCGAGAGGUACUCGCAAGGUUGCAAAGCCAGCCAACUAAUACUAGGAGUGUGGGGGAUAAGUCUUCUGCACCUAAAAGAAGUGUUGAUUCAGAGUGUAGUUGUGUUAUCGUUGCAAGACACCAUGAAGGAGACUUCCCAGGACAUUGAGAGCAAGCCAAAUCUGCAACCGUCAGUGCAAGUCGGUGAUGAGGAUUCUGAACAGCCAAAUACAAUAGUGACCGACGAACCUUUAGGAGAUUCCUGUUCAUUAUCAUGUGCAGACGAUGAUAAUAAAAAGGUUUCCCGUGAAGAUAUUGAAUUAGUCCAGAAUUUAAUAGAGCGAUGCCUACAGUUAUACAUGAAUAGAGGAGAAGUUGUUAGGACUCUUUCUACUCGUGCAAGAAUAGAACCUGGUUUUACUACAUUAGUAUGGAAGAAGCUUGAAGAAGAGAAUUCUGAGUUUUUUCAGGCUUACUACAUAAGGUUGAAAUUGAAAAAACAGAUCAACUUGUUUAACCAUUUACUAGAGCACCAAUACAAUCUGAUGAAGCAGCCAGUACCGCAGCAGGUUCCAUUUGCUCCAACACAGAAUGGGAUUCGUCCUAUGCCCGUUAACAAUUUGCCUAUGGGAUAUCCAGUUCUUCAACAACCUGGACUACCUGCUCCUGGUCAGCCUCAUGUUAAUGCAAUGGCUUGUGGUCCACCGGGCUACCAUAUAGCAAAUGGAAUUCCUUAUCAUCCGAUUCGCAUGAGCUCAGAAAAUGGCAUAAUGGAGAAUGAAGCACCUGAAGUUGCACAUGCUGCAACAGCCUUUGGUACUGUGUCAUCUGAGAUUGCUAUGAGUCCAUCAUCUGCAAUGUCGAGCAACCAUGUUUCUUUCACUCCAUCUGAGAUAUCAGCGAUGGAUGUGGAUGCAUCAGCAAUAGAUGUCAGCUUUGGAGUUGAUGUGGGGAAUGGAGGUCCUCUACAAAUAGGAUUAGACAGUGGGGAUGGCUCUUCCUUGGGGCAGCAGAUCUGGGAUUUCAGCCUAUCUGAUCUGUCAGCAGAUUUGACAAAUUUGGGAGACCUGGCAGCUCUUGAGAACUAUGCUGGCAACCCAUUCCUUCCCUCAGACUCCGAUCUCUUACUUGAUUCCCCAGAUCAGGAGGACAUAGUUGACUAUUUCGCCGACGCUGUGGACGGGCCUUCACAAUCAGAUGAAGAGAGAUAAUCACAGAUGCAUAGAGAAAGAGUCUCAAAACCUGACCCGGGGCAGGCUGCUUGAUCUUGUAGUGUUUUCAAGCUACAAUACUGUAUGAAACGAACUUUCUAUUAGCUUAAAUGUACCAAGUUUUAUUCAUGAAGAACUCUGGAAUUUUGUAGUCACUGGUUCCAGUUUUCAAUAAACAGUGAGUCAGCUUAUUUUGCUCA